ACCGCCGACCGGCGCGCAGCCUCCCGCCUCACCCGUGUAGACGUGUGUGUUCACACGAAUAUUCUGCGUCACCACGUCGCCGGUGCCGGCGGGCUAGUCUGAGUUUUCCGUUUUCUUCACCCGUCUUCUCGCCCCUUCCAAAAUCCGAAUUUUCCCCGACUCCCCGAGUUCCCCGUUUUUCCUCCGCUUCCUCCUCCGCUCCAGGAAUAUAGAUAGCCGGAAAAAAACAGAGGAGGGGGAGGAGGGGAGCGGAGGGGGAGGUGCGUGGCAUCCAUCGAGAAUCCGGGUUUCAAUCCCCCACCUCGCCGCUCCCACCGGCGCGGAUUGCUUCCCGUGGUUUGCCCAGGAUGAGCGCCGAGGCCGGGGAGCUGCUCGGGAUCGACCCCAUCGAGCUCCGCUUCCCAUUCGAAUUGAAUAAGCAGAUCUCGUGCACGCUGCAGCUGACGAACAAGACAGACAAGCAGGUUGCGUUCAAGGUCAAGACAACGAGCCCGAAGAAGUACUGCGUUCGGCCGAACAAUGGCAUUGUGGCACCCCGGUCCACGGCUGACGUUGUUGUUACAAUGCAAGCGCAACGGGAGGCGCCACCGGACAUGCAAUGCAAGGACAAAUUCCUUGUGCAGAGCGCCAUCGUGGCCAAGGAGAUUAUGCCAAAGGAAGUCACCGGAGACAUGUUUACCAAAGAAUCAGGCAAUGUGGUUGAUGAAGUGAAAUUGAAGGUGGUUUAUAUCACGCCAUCCACCCAAAGUGAGGGAUUUGAGGAUGGUUCUCUGGGCAGUUUGAGUUAUCAAGAGCCAUUUGCUUUGAUUUCCAAACUGAUGGAGGAGAAGAAUUCUGCUGUUGAACUGAACAACAAGCUUCGACAAGAAUUGGAUCUUCUGAGGCGAGACAUCAGCAGGCAGCACGGUGGCUACUCAUUAGUUUUAGUACUGGUGGUUGCUAUUAUGGGAAUACUACUAGGUCUCCUCAUGAAAAGAUGAGUGUGCGUAAUGAUUUGUCUUGUUUGGCUUUUCUUUCAAGAACUGAACAAAAUUGUACGUGUUCUCUGUGUGUUUGCUAUUAUUGUACAACUUCAGGUCUGUUUAUCAUAGCAUAUGGGUGCCUAUUGUAAUUUUCUGAUUCAUAUUAUAAAGUUUAGUCAGCUAAUAAGUCAUAGUUCCCAAAAAAACCCAGCUGUUAUCAGCUUGCCAUCGACAUGAGGUUUAGCCUUUUGGAUUUGAAAGAUUUUGACUAAUUGUUGGAAUCGCUUUUGCACAUAUAAACAGAAUAAUUUCUUUGAAUUUGUGGCUUGUAUGUAAUGUUGGAUGGUUUGUGAA